AUGGCCGCUGCUGCUGAAAAGGGAGAGUCCAUCAAGGUUCUCAACGAGCUAUUUGCUAAGCUCGUUGUUGCUGAUUCCGUUGACGAGAGAAAGUCUGUCGCUCACGACGUCGCUUCUUUCAUCAACGGUCCUAUUGAAGAGCACGAUUUGCCUGAGAAGUUCUUUGCUGACUUGAAGGGUGCCAUCAACAACAAGAAGGACGUUCGUGCCAAGCAAAAUGGUAUCGAGGCCUAUGGUUCUAUUGCCGCUUCCAAGGAAUUGGCUCCUUCUGUUGAGCCUUUGUUGGUUUCUUUGACUUCUGAUGUCUUGGAGAAGGCUGGUGACAAGAACGUCGAGGUGCGUGACGCUGCUUCUUUGGCUGUCAAGGAGUUGGCCAAGAAUGUCACUCCUCACGCCGUCAAGGCUUUGUUGCCUCACUUGACCAACUCUAUUGCCAACUCUAACAAGUGGACUGAGAAGGUUGCUGCUUUGGAGGCUCUUUCCAUCCUUGUCGACUCUGCUCGUGAUCAAAUCGCUCUUCGUAUGCCUGAGUUGAUCCCUGUCUUGUCUGAGGCCAUGUGGGAUACUAAGCCCGAGGUUAAGAAGGCUGCUACUGCCACCAUCACCAAGUCUACUGAGACUAUUGACAACAAGGAUAUCAUUAACUUCAUUCCUGCUCUUAUUGCUUGUAUUGCCAAGCCUACUGAGGUUCCUGAGACCGUCCACUUGCUCGGUGCCACUACUUUCGUUUCCGAGGUCACCACUGCCACUCUUUCCAUCAUGGUUCCUCUUUUGUCCCGUGGUUUGGCUGAGCGUGAUACUGCUAUCAAGCGUAAGGCUGCUGUCAUUGCCGAUAACAUGUGUAAGUUGGUCGAUGACCCACAAGUCGUUGCUCCUUUCUUGUCCAAGCUUUACCCUGCCUUGAAGCAAAACUACUCCAACAUUGCCGAUCCUGAGGCUCGUGACGUUACUCUCCGUGCCAUCAACACCUUGAAGCGUGUUGGUGAGAUUGGUGACGAUGACAAGAUUCCUGAGAUCUCCACUGCCGGUGACACUGGUGUCAACUUGGCUAUCAUUAAGGACUUGCUCAAGGACAAGAAGGUUGACAAGAGAUUCGAUGUUAUCAUUGAGUAUGCUGCUGCCAUUGCUGGUGACCUUAUUGACGAGCGUCUUAUCAAUGAGGGUGACUGGGCUGAGACUCUUCGUCCCUUCCUUGUUGUCUUCCUCCACGACGGUGAGGCUCGUACUUUGAUUGAGGAGCUCCGUAAGAAGUCUGUUGCCAACAUUCCUGGUGGCCCUGCCUUCGAUGAGGAGGAUGACGAGGGUGAGGACUUGUGUAACUGUGAGUUCUCUCUUGCUUAUGGUGCCAAGAUCUUGCUUAACCGUACCCAACUCCGUCUUAAGCGUGCCCGUCGUUAUGGUCUCUGUGGUCCUAACGGUGCUGGUAAGUCUACUCUUAUGAGAGCUAUUGCCAACGGUCAAGUCGAGGGUUUCCCUACUCAAGAUGAGUGUAAGACUGUCUACGUCGAGCACGAUAUCGAUGGUACCCACGCCGACACCAACGUUGUUGACUACGUUAUCGCCACCGCCGGUGAGGAGGUUGGUUCCAAGGAGACUGUUACCAAGACUUUGGUUGAGUUCGGUUUCGUCAAUGGUAUGACUGAGAUGCCCAUCACCUCUUUGUCUGGUGGUUGGAAGAUGAAGUUGGCUCUUGCCACUGCCGUCCUCCGUAACGCUGAUAUCUUGUUGCUCGAUGAGCCUACCAAUCACUUGGAUACCGUCAACGUUGCUUGGUUGAUCAACUACUUGACCACCUGUAACAUUACUUCUAUCAUUGUCUCUCACGACUCUGGUUUCUUGGACAAGGUCUGUCAAUAUAUUAUCCACUACGAGAGAUACAAGCUUAGAAAGUACAAGGGUAACCUUUCCGAGUUCGUCAAGAAGGUCCCUGCCGCCAAGUCUUACUACGAGCUUGGUGCUUCUGACCUUGAGUUCAAGUUCCCUGAGCCUGGUUACCUUGAGGGUGUCAAGACUAAGCAAAAGGCUAUUGUCAAGGUUUCCAACAUGUCCUUCCAAUACCCUGGUACCUCCAAGCCCCAAAUUAGAGAUAUUAACUUCCAAUGUUCUCUUUCUUCUCGUAUUGCCGUUAUUGGUCCCAAUGGUGCUGGUAAGUCCACUCUUAUCAACGUCUUGACUGGUGAGCUUCUCCCCACCUCUGGUGACGUCUACGUCCACGAGAACUGUCGUAUUGCCUACAUUAAGCAACACGCUUUCGCCCACAUUGAUAACCACCUUGACAAGACUCCUUCUGAGUAUAUUCAAUGGCGUUUCCAAACUGGUGAGGACAGAGAGACCAUGGACCGUGCCAACAGACAGAUUUCCGAGUCUGAUGAGGAGGCCAUGAACAAGAUUUACAAGAUCGAGGGUACUCCCAGACGUGUUAACGAGGUCCUUGCCAGAAGAAAGUUCAAGAACUCUUACGAGUAUGAAUGUUCCUUCUUCCUUGGUGAGAACAUUGGCAUGAAGAACGAGAGAUGGAUUGCUAUGGGUUCUGUCGACAAUGCCUGGAUUCCCCGUUCCGAGCUUAUCGAGACUCACUCCAAGCUUGUUGCUGAGGUUGAUAUGAAGGAGGCUCUUGCUUCUGGUCAAUUCCGUCCUCUUACUCGUAAGGAGAUUGAGAGCCACUGUGCCAUGUUGGGUCUUGAGGCCGAGCUUGUUUCUCACUCCCGUAUCCGUGGUCUUUCCGGUGGUCAAAAGGUCAAGCUUGUCUUGGCUGCCUGUACUUGGCAACGUCCUCACUUGAUCGUUCUUGACGAACCUACCAAUUAUCUUGACAGAGACUCUCUUGGUGCUUUGUCCAAGGCUAUCAAGGAGUUCGAGGGUGGUGUUGUUAUCAUUACCCACUCUGCCGAGUUCACCAAGAACUUGACUGAGGAAGUCUGGGCCGUUUUGGACGGUAAGAUGACUCCUUCCGGCCACAACUGGGUUACCGGUCAAGGUGCUGGUCCUCGUCUUGAUCAAAAGGAAGAUGAGGAAGACAAGUUCGAUGCUUUCGGUAACAAGAUUGAGGCUAAGAAGAAGGCUAAGAAGUUGUCUGCUGCUGAGUUGAGAAAGAAGAAGAAGGAGAGAAUGAAGAAGAAGAAGGAGCUCGGUGAUGCUUACGUCUCUUCUGAUGACGAAUUCUAA